AUGGGGUUCGAUUUGGACGCGCCGGCGCGGAAGCGCGCGGCCGCUGUGGUUCGAUCGUCUGCGCGCCCCGACCGCGGCGCGACCGGAGCGCUGCUACGGCCCGCAGACCUGGGACAGGAUGCAGGAUUCCUGGGUUCAAAGUGUGGCCUUCCCCAGGUUCAGAACCUCUUGGAUCGUUCGCUAAGAAUUAUUGGGGGGCGGGGGGCGAAGUAUGGGUCCCACCCGUGGCUGGUGUCCCUGAGGUUCAGGGGGCUGCACUUCUGCGGAGCGGCGAUCCUCACCGACCGCUGGAUCCUGUCUGCCGCCCACUGCUUCUCCACGCUGUCAAAGCGGUCUUUGAAGAACGUGGAGGUCGCGGUCGGGGAGUUCGACCGCCGCGCGGCGGACGUCGGGGAGCAGGCCUUCGCGGUGAGGUCCGUCCGAGUCCACGAAAGAUUCCACCACUCCGCCCCGAUGAGCUACGACCUCGCGCUCCUGGAGCUGAGCGGACGCAUCAGAUUCGGUCGGUACGCACAGCCAAUAUGCCUUCCCCUCCCCGGGGAGGUGUUCCUGCCAGGGGCUGCCUGCACCGCCACCGGUUGGGGGCAGACGAGAGAACGGGGCCAACUGCCUUUCGUCCCCCGUGAGGUGCGGCUGGGCCUGGUGGACCGGGCCAGGUGUAAGCACGUCAUCCAGACGGUGAAGCCUGGCCAGAAGACCUUCACCGUCGUCUGCGCCGGGCCGGAGAACGGGGGGAGAGACGCCUGCCAGGGAGACUCUGGCGGGCCUCUGGUCUGCCCCAGGGAGGGAGGGCGCUGGGCCCUGGUCGGCGUGACGUCGUGGGGGAAGGGCUGCGGCCGUAGCUGGGUCAACAACCGCAGCAAGCCCCCGUGGAAGAGGGGGUCGCCCGGGGUCUUCACCGACAUCCGAAUGUUCCUGGCCUGGAUCAAAGAGAACCUCAGAGAAGCGACACAACGUCAGAGAAAAUCAUCAUCAAGGCUUUGCGGUGCCAGCGAUGGGCUCCGCGCCGGUUUGGGGGGUCUCAUCCGGAAUCCCGAACAUCCGGGCCGCAGCUACGAGAACAAUGAGAUGUGUCUCUGGUCCAUAAACGUUCCCCCUGGGAAGAGCAUCCUGCUGCAGUUUUUGGAGUUUGACCUGGAGAACGACACCCACUGCAGCAGCGACCAGCUGGCUGUGUUCGCCGGCACGGACAGGCUUAUCGGGAGGUUCUGCGGCAGCCGGCUCCCCUCCCCCGUCCGGGUGGACUCCUCCAGGGUCACGCUCCGGUUCCUGUCCGACUUCAGCGUCUCCGGCGCCGGCUUCGCCGUCAAGUUCGACGCGGUGGAGCCGCGUUCCGCGCGGCACGACUCGGCCUGCGGCGCGGUGGCGGUCCUCCAAUCAGAGGGCGUCGUUCAGAGCCGGCGCUACCCCGAUCUCUACGGCAGCGACUCCGACUGCCGCUGGGUCAUCCACGCCCCCUCCGGCCACAUCGUCAAGCUGGAAUUCGACGACUUCGACGUGGAGCCGUCGAAGGAGUGCGCGUACGAUUCCCUGGCGGCCUUCGGCGACGUGGAGGGGAAGGACGAGAUAGCGGUGCUCUGCGGAGGGGGCCUGCCCCCGCCCCUGCUCAGCUACGAGCGCGUGCUGGCGCUGAGGUUCACCUCCGACGGCACAGUGUCCCACCGCGGCUUCCGCGCCACCGUGUCCUUCGUCAGCGAGAGAGAUCUGCGCCCGGAGGAACCGGUCGGACGCGACCAGAAAGCCUACCGCGACGUGAAAGUCGACGGCGACGGCGGUGGCCAGGCCCGCGGCUCCCCUCCCCCGAGGCCUGGUCUGUGUGGAAUGCCGCACACGUCUGGCAGCUCAGCUCCGGUCCAGGAGGUGGGCGGGGCUCUGAGCCGGCAGGUGGGCGGGGCCCAGAGCCGGCAGGUGGGCGGGGCCCAGGGUCGGGUGAUUGGCGGUGCGGGGGCGGAGCCUCGCUCCUGGCCGUGGCAGGCGAGCCUGACCCUGGCUUCCCGGCGCGUCUGCGGGGGGGUCCUGGUCCGGGCCUCCUGGGUCCUGACCGCAGCCCACUGCCUGAGCAGCCUAGACAGGACUUCUCUUUCGGUCGUCGUGGGAGACCACGACCUCACCAGGAGGGACCCCGGCGAGCAGAGACGUACGGUGAGGAGGGUCGUGUUUCACCCGGGGUACAACGGCACCUCGCUCGAUUAUGACGCGGCGCUCGUGGAGCUGGACGCCCCCCUGCAGUUCGGCGACCGCGUCAGCCCCGUCUGCCUGCCCGGCGCCCGACAGGAAGUCCCGCCCUCCCACGUCUGCUCCGUCUCCUCUGGGCGGGGCGGCCCGACAGCCGGACGGGGCAGCGGGACCCUGUGGCUGCUGGGUCGUGAGCAGUGUGAGCGGCACUACCCCGGCAGGCUGACGCGCAGCAUGCUCUGCGCGGGAUCUCCACCAUCGGAGGGGAAGGACUCGUGCUCGGGAGAUUCGGGAGGGGCCUUGGUGUGCCGGUCAGAGGACUCCAGUUACUUUGUCUAUGGGGUGACCAGCUGGGGCCCCGGCUGUGGAAGGUUCCGGAAACCUGGAGUCUACACCUCGGUGCCGCUCCUCAGGGACUGGAUUUUGGAACAGCUGGAGGGUGAUUUUUGCGAGGAUGACAGAAAUGGAUUUCAACUAAGAACCAUCUCACAGCAGGAAAAUUGGACAUCCAGCGAUGAGGACAAUGACUUUUGGGCAGAGUCUUCGGGAGUUGAUUAGCUCAAUUUAUUUAUUUUUUCUUAAUCAGAUUUAGCCAGGUUUAUAUUUUAACGUUGUUUUAAGUAGGUUUGUGUUAGUCUACCUCUUUUUCUUGUGUGUUGACUGUUUCGUUCUGCUAUUUUUUUUAUUUAUUUUUUUAUUUUUCAAUUUAAAUAUAAUUAUUGCCAUUUUUGCUCUUCUUGAAAACCUUGGAAAUUUCAAACUGCCUCCACCCUGUGCGCCCCCGAAAUGGAAAAAAGUACUUUUUAAAAAAAAAUACAAAACGUCUUGAUAGUUUUAUUACGUGUUCAACUCUAACGAAAAUCUGACGUUCAAUUUUCCACUGUCGAUGCCUCCCCUAUUUUUGAAAUGCAUAGUGUAGCCCCCCGGCGGUCUUGAUUUAAGAUCUGAAUUCAGAGCCCAAAUGCAGGAAGUGGGCAUGACAAGCUGACUGAACAUUGCCCACACCGGCAUCCAUACCCGGGGAGAGGUGAGGGCACUCCGUGGAGCACGGCCUGGUGAGAUUUUGCUCUUUUUCCUGAAUGAAAUGGCGAGGUGGAUAUUUGUUUUCAGAACCGCGAGUUACUCCUGCAUUCUGUGACCGUUUGUCUUCGAACAUGCGCCGAGAAUGUACAAAUAAGCACAGUACUAUAACAGGAAUGUUGUGAAAGAACAUUGAUGAAAAAUAUUUCUUACUUUGUUGUGGAACCUAUACAGGUUUUUACGUCUGAAGGGUUAAAGCAUUUAGAGAAGAGAUUAGCCUACUGGUGUUGUGUGCAGUGUAAUAAUGGUCAGCCUCUUACUGGAAAGGUACUAUUAUAACAUAGGCCUGCUUUCAAAGUACGUGGGAUCCAGGGUUUCGGGAAGGGAUUAAGGUCAAUUUUAAACCUUGCUUGCCUUUAUUAGUGCGUAUUAAAUGCCAAUUACACUACAAACAGAGUAGAGAAUAGGCUACUGUACUGGGUUUCUUUGCAUUCUCCGUGGGAGAAUUGUCCUUCUGAGAACUCCAGCUCGCUUCCCGCACGAAUAAGAGAGGUUUCGUAACUCCAUGUCAAAGUGGAAACGAGCCAUGUCAGAUCAAUGCUAGGAUUAAUAGUGAAUACCAUGCAAAACUUGCAUUAUGAUAAAAAGGGAUUUUUUUCCCCAUAAUGCUGGUGUGUAUAGGCUAGGCAGAUAAAUAAUGUAAUCGACAUUAUUGCUAUAAAGGGAAGAACAUUUUUUGCAAUUAAACAGCUAAAUGGCAGCAUCUUAAACGUUGUGCAGCUAUGCACGUGAAAUUAAAGCACGUGCAUUUUUAAACUGGCGUGUAUGAAAGGGCGGGUAUUUUUUUUUUUUUUUUAAUUGAACUGCUGGCGUAUAGGUAUGCUUUGUGCAUAUUAUUUGUUCUGCCAGGUCAAUCAAUUACACACAAUUAAAAUGUUAUUCUUGGCGACGCUGUAUGGCCAACCUUGAUGUCACAGCUCGGUCAGGGAUGGUGCCAAACAAUGUAUAAUUAACUGAUUCCAUCUGUAACUGCAUUUGGCUCGGAUAUGCAGGUUACACACCGAAAGCAUACCAUGAAAUCUUUAACGUCUUGAUGACAAGAGCAGUCAAUUUGACAUGUAAUGCUUACAUUGUGACACUCACAGGUAACAUUUGGGCUAGCAAUUUUGCAAAAAUGGACGUAUUCAUUGGAUUGGUCAAAACAAAUUUUAAACAGAAAGCUGCGCAAAUAGGGCACUUUCUGCAGACCGUUAUAGAACAAUAUUUUUUUAUGUUUAACUGUAAAAUCUAGACAACGAUAGAUUUCACGACUACUAUACUGCCGUCCAAAGGCUAACCGCAGUAACUACAUUUUGGUCGAAAUUGAGUUAUAACUAAAAAUGAACUUCUUGAUAUCUGUUUUAUCUUGUGACAAAGUUUCAGAGUUAAAUUUUGCUUUGUUUUAGAGAAAAAACGGUAUAAAAAUUGCAGUAACUACAAAACCCGACUCAAAACCAUGGCAGACCGCAGUAAGUGAAGUUACUGCGGUCUGCUUUGGGAUUCUACCGGCCGAUUUUGCGAUCUACCCAUCUAAGUUACCUCACGCGACUGCUUUGGGAUUCUACCACCAGCCGAUUUCACCCAUCUAACCUCACACAACAAAGCUGUUUAAGAUGGCACUAUCCAGCGGAAAGAGGAUAGUGGAACUGGUGUUGAAAAGAAAAUACCCAGGUAGGCUAAGUAACGAUGACAUUAAGCGUUGAGAAACUAGCAAUCACAUUAUAAAACACCUGUCAGCCUCGCUAUAUAUGCUGACUGACAGGCGAUGUUUAGUUAGCUAGCGUUAUCUUACCUGCUCCCUGUAGCUGUAACAUUAUCAUCUGUAACUUCACAUCAUCGCCGAUGCCAUGUCAUGCACUUAAAGAUUGUUUACAAUCUAGCCUACGCAUUGUAGGAAUACGAGUGCGGAGAAAGAAGCGCAUGUAUCCGCAAAUAAUAUAGAUUAAAAAUGUGCACAAUUUCGUACUGCAAAUGAAAAUAAAUGUAGGCUAUAAGGCCUAGGCUACUCGCUAAAACUGCCUAUUUGGGGAGAGCUGGCUAUAUAUGAUAGUAUUGAGUAGCCUAUUUUGUGGAUUAAUUGUAUUGAUACUCAAGGAAAAUCAGGGAAGUUUCUGCCACUGCUUAGUGAUUAAAACGGAUUUUUCUAAAUCGCAUUUAUCAUUUAAUCUCCCUAACACAUGCGAAGAAGCUGUCUGUCACUUUCCAAUUGAUUAGUCAGAUCGUUUGCAUGCUUGUUAAUCACUGAAAAUUAAUUAAAACAGUUUGAGAUCAAUUAGUUUAAAGGAAAGUUUUGCGCUCCACCAAAACACGCCGCUGUUUAAAACAUGUAAUAUAAUGAACACAUUGUACUGUGAUUCAGUGUAGCCUUGUAUUUAUUCAUUGUGUUAAAUAGUAAAGACAAGGAUAAUGAAAAUUAUUAAUGUGAUUGUCAUCAAGGCAACAACAGUGGUGGUGAUGACAACGAUGAUGAAAUUGAAGAUGAUGAUGCAAAGUUUAAUUGAUAGGAAAAUAAUU